AUGAACCUCUGGAGAUCACUGUUUGUGAGUGCUGAGGUGAUGUUUCUGGCAGCAACAUCCACAGGGCUGCUGGUUAAGCCUCGGGAGGGCAGCGUGGCUGGAGGAACGUGGAUCACAGUUAUUCUAUGUCCUCACACAGCUCUUCUGGUUGACUCUGUCUCUUCAGCCAGCCUGUCCCAGCUGGAGGUGUUCCUGGUGAAUCCAGACCUGCCCAGGCUGCCUUGCGAUGUCUCUCCUCUGUACUUGGGCUCACCCACUAUAAGAUGCAGAACAAGGCCUGCACCCCAGGAGGGUGUGUACUACGUGGAGGUGAUCCAUAAAGGACGUGUGGUAGAUGGCCUAACUGAACUGGAGAAGGAAAACUGCACUUUCAAGUUCUCUGCAGCACAGACACCUGUGGUUCACCAGAUCAGUCCAACAUCUGGCCUCCCAGGAGAUCUAAUAGAGAUUUAUGGGAAGACAAUUGCUGAGAGAUAUGAGACCUUGGACUUCAACGUGGAUUAUAUUGAUGGGCCAGCUACCCUUACUGCAGGAGGAGAUGGAUGGAUCACUCCCUGCUCUUUUGCUGACAGACAAGCUGGAACCAUCUACCCUAUUCGGGCAGAAGAUGGAUUUGGGACCCUGCAGUGCCAGGUGGAAGGGAAUCACAUAGGCUCCCACAACGUCAGCUUUUCGGUGUUUAACAAAGGAAAGUCAGCCAUACAUAAAGAUGCUUGGCUCAUCAGUGCCAAACAGGAGCUGUUCUUGUAUCAAACACAUGCAGAGAUCACCUCUGUCUUCCCAGCUGCUGGAAGUCUUGGAGGUGGUACUGAUCUCACUGUCACAGGGGAUUUCUUUGAGGAGCCAGUACAGGUCACUGUCUCAGGUGUCCCUUGUAAGCUCAAGCACCUCUCCCCCCAGCAAAUCAGGUGCACCACUGAGGCUGUUGAUAAGGGCAGGAGGCUUGCUGCCCCCCAGCCAGGAAACAGAGGGCUGCUCUUUGAAGUCUGGGAUGAUGCCUCUGAUCUGACAGAAACAGGUCCUGGGUAUAGAUGGCAGUUUGUACCUAACGCCAGCUCCCCACUAAGGUUUCUGUCUGGGGCAAAGAAGUCCUUCAGCUCCAGGCUUCGUGGGUUUUUUGUGGCUCCUGAGACCAACAAUUACACCUUCUGGAUUCAGGCGGACACUCAGGCAUCUCUCUACUUAAGUUCUUCCCAAGAGCCAGAACAUAAGGUGAGAAUAGCUUCUCUCCCUGCGGGCAGUUCGGAGCGGUCUGAGCACUGGGUGAAGAGCUGGAGUGAGGACUGGCAGCCCAAAUCCCAGAAAUUCCAGCUGACUGCUGGUUCAAGGUACUACCUGGAAGCACUGCACCACGGGAAGGCAGCCAGCAGUGGGAUGAGAGUUGGAGUCCAGAUACAUAACACAUGGCUGAGUCCCCACGUGGUGAACAACUACUACAUUGAGAGGCACGAGAUCCGGGCUCAGGCUUUGCCCCUUCCAGAGGUGCAGGUGUUGACUGUGUCUGGUACAGGGUGGUUCAGCAUCUGGCAGAGCCACACGCUGCACAGGGUGGUCUCCACAAAUGCUACAGCUCAGCAGGUGCAAACAGCAAUAGAGGAGCUUCUUUCAAUAGGGUGUGAAAUUGAGCCAGCUUCUGCUAAAAUCCUUUUCCAUGAUGGCUUUGAGAAAGGUAUGAAGGAUGCCAUCACCACAGGACACAUCAUCAGUGGAACAGAGCCUUUCUGUGGGAGAUUCAGCAUUCACAGACCAAGCCAGCUGCUGCAAACCUCCUCCUCAGCUCUACCAAGAUAUGAUCUUACUGAAUACACACAUGUGUGUUUUGCACAUAAAGGCCAUAUGAGCAAUGUCCUUCACAUCUCAGUGUCCUACACCAAUGUCUCUUUAAGGGCAGUGAAGAGGAACCUCACCUGCAGAUGGGAUUUCAAUGAAACCCACUCCAGAAGCUGGAUGUUUGCUUGCACUGAUCUCUGGAAGAAGUGUGUGAAUCGCUCCUCACUGCUCCGGGACCUCCCUGCCAACUCCCCAGUGCUGGUGCAUCAGACAGACUUGCUGAGCUCUCUGCUGCAGGAGGGAACAUCUGGGUCAUUUUACCUUGAUGAGGUCAUCAUUGCAGACAGAGCUGUGACUGUUUCUCAGAGGGAUCCCAAACCACCCUGGCUAGGUGGGAGGACAGUUGAAGCAGUAUCUGUGGUGGGGUCUUCUCCUACAUACAACGUGUCCUGGAUGGUGUCUGGCUGUGGUGCAAGUCUGCCCCUUCUCUCUCUAAGAGGUGCUUUGCAAGAGGAGGGCUCCAAGGAGCAUGGCCACCUCUACGUCUCUACGGAGGAUGUGGGAGUCAGCCUCACCCUUCAGAGAGUGCAGAAGUCAUCCCCGCCUCUAGGAGGGACCUUCCGCAUCCACCUGGCCAGUACAGUGAUACCAGGGGUUUCAGUGCACAUCUCCUCCCGCCGCCUGCGCAGCCUGCUGCAAGACCACGCAGACAACUCUACAGCUCCCUACUUCAACACCACUGACUUCAUUGUGACCAAAGACUCAAAGUCCUGCUAUGAAAGCAUCUGGACACUGACUUGGAGGACAAAAACUGGGGACUUGCCCAACGUUAUCAAUGUCUCUGCUGAAAAGCUCACUGGUUUGAAGCCAACUGUUUCUAGCCGUGUGGUUUAUGAUGGAGGUGUGUUUAUUUGGCCCAUAUUUGGGGACAUGCUUGCUACCUUCAACAACAAAACACAGGUGGUGGUGGCAGUGAAUAAUGUCCUUGCAAACUGUUCUGGUUCGUGCUCUUUCCAGUUCAGCCAGGAGCUGACACCCUUAGUCAGUGACGUGGAGUACUCAUCAGGUGAUGGGUCCCAGGGCACAGUCGUUGUCAUGGGAGCUGGCUUUGCUGAGGAGAUGCCAGCUGUGCAGGUGAAGGUGAACAACAGCACCUGCCACAUCGUAGCACUGAAUCAAACCCAAGUGGUCUGCCAGAUGAAGAGGCUGCCAGUAGGAGUCUACCAGGUGACAGUGCUGGUGAGGCCUUAUGGCUUUGCACUCAAUGGCAGCAGAGGAGAGGGCAUCUUCCUGAGAGUUGAGCCAAAGCUGGUAGCCAUUGAGCCUCCUACAGCACCAGAGACUGGAGGACUAAGAGUGGCUCUCAAGGGGACCAAUCUGGAAGGCGUGAACUUGGUUUUGUUUGGAUCUCAGCCUUGCCAAAUUUUGGAGGAUGAGAGGAGUCCAACAAGAGUUGAAUGUGUAGUUCCCUCUCGGGGGACAGAAGAUGCUGCUGUACACGUGAGACUGAUUUCUGGGUACCAAUCAACUACUGUAACCAACUUGUUCCAGUAUGAUCCUUCCUUGAACCCUGCUGUGGUAUCACUGAGCAGAAACAGCAGCGGUGUUGCAGGGGGUGAGGAGCUUCAGAUUGGAAUAUCCCAGUUUGCCAGCUACCAGAGGUCAGACGUCAAGGUGCAAAUCGGGGGCUCAGGGGCAGAGAUCAAGGCACAGACAGGCCACGGUGUUAACGUGAUGCUUCCAGCCUUGGCUGCAGGCUGGCACAACGUUUCUGUCAUCAUCAAUGGCAUUGCUGUCACAUCAAACAGGGUCAAGCCAUUAAUCCAGUACCUCUUGGAGAUCUUCAGCAUAGAGCCAUGUUGUGGCUCCUUUCUGGGUGGAACUCUGCUCACAAUCUCUGGGGUGGGCUUUACUCAGAAUCCUGCCCUGGUUUCUGUUUCAAUGAACAGGCAAACCUGUGUGGUUACUCACAUGACAGAAGAGACAGUUUGGUGCCUGACCCCACCAGCUGCUAAUUUGUCUGCUGGAGAGUCACAGAACAUCUCUGUCAGAGUAGAGGUAGUCAUCAGCAGUAGCUCCCUUCAACCUGCUGUCUUUGCAAAAAGGACCUCCACCUUUAAUUACCAAAGAGCUUUGACUCCUCUGGUUACUGCUGCUGAAGUGGAAAUCACAAACAGCAGCCUGCUCUUGAGCAUCCGUGGAAUAAACAUCACUGGAUCUGUGGCUGAGAUCGGACACAGUAAAUGUGAACUUGGCUUUCGGCAUGGCAAUGAGUCUGGAAUGUUCUAUCAUUGCUCUUUUCCACUGGACAGCCUGGAACCUGGGACUUUCCCCAUCAAGGUUAUCCAGAGAGAGCUGGGAUAUGCUCUUGUGACAGCAAGGCUGCAGACCCUUACAGUGACUCCACAGGUCACCUCCAUAUUCCCAUCACGGGGAUCAGCCUGUGGUGGGAUGUUACUCACUAUAGCUGGUAUUGCUCUAAAAUCCAGGAGGAAUUUGGUACAGGUCACUUUGGGAAAUAAUUACUCCUGUGAGAUCCAGAACUCUGAGAAAGAUGCCAUUAGCUGUGUUGUCCUUCCAGGGCUCUACCCUUUGCACUACCAGCAGCUGACUGAAGCACCUUGGGCUCUUAAUGUCACAGUGACUGUCAAUGGGAUCAGCAGCAUCUGUCUUGGAGACUGCACACUCCACCUCAGUGAGCAGUGGACCCCCCUUGUAGAGCUGGUGACCUGGGAGACAAAUGGGACAUUCACCUAUGUGAUGAUCAAAGGCCAGAGGUUGGCAGAGCCAAGUGACAGCCCCACGGUACACCUGAACAACCACACUGCCUGCAAGGUGACUUUCUGGACCGAGAGCAGCGUCACCUGCCAGACAGACUGUGUUGCCCCAGGGGAGCACAGCAUUUCAGUAUCCACCAGGAGAAGUGGGCAAGCUUGCUUCAGGAAGGCAUCAAACCUUCUCACUGUCCUGCCUCAGGUGUACCAGGUUUACCCCCAGAACUUCAGUACCAAUGGUGGAGGCUUGCUCACCUUGGCAGGCUCAGCGCUGAGAGGGCAGAGAAUGACUUCUGUCCUGAUUGAUUAUCACCCUUGCCUCAUUCUCAACGUCACCUGUGUGGCCAUCCAGUGUCUGGUGCCUCCAGGUCACGGAACCAGGGCUGUGAGCCUACAAGUGGAUGGCAUCUCCUAUUACCUUGGAAGAAUAAGUUACAACGAGGACUCUACCCCAUCUCUCCUUUCACUGGUGGCAUCUGACCUGCUUUUAACGAUGGCAGUGUCAGGGCUCACAGAGGUGGACACCAUCCAUGUGUUUGUUGGAGAUUGUGCUUGCAGUGAUGUCACCAUCACUCACUUGGCUUUGCAGUGCUCAGCUCCUCGGCUGCCUGUGGGCGAGUACCACGUAGCAGGGCUGGAUGUCUCCAGGGGCUGGGCUUCCUCCAACCUGACCUUCACCUCUCGGCUGGAGGUGACAGCUGUGCAUCAUAACUGGGGUGGCUUGAAUGGAGGAGCAGUUCACUUGCAUGGAACUGGAUUUUCCCCUGGGAAGACUUUGGUGACAGUCUGUGGCACCAGUUGUGGGCUGUUGGAUAACACCACGACAACAGACCUGAGCUGCCUUGCCCCACGCUUACAUGCUUCUUUGGCCAUUCUCUGUGGCCUGACACACUCGACUGUUGACUGCCAAGAAGAGAGAGCCACCUUCAUUGAAUGUGAUGUGCAAGUCACAGUGGGUUCCUACCAGCAGAGAGGAUUUCUGUCUUAUCUGUAUGUCUGUGAGGACAGCCCACCUCAGUGGCACCAAAAGGACACCAGCUCACCUCAGAGGCGUUUUGCUGGACUCUUUGCCAGCCCUAAAGUGGAAAGAGAUGAAGUUCUCAUCUAUAAUAGCUCCUGUAACAUUACCAUGGAAACUGAGGCAGAGAUGGAGUGUGAGGGAGCUAAUCAGCCAAUUACCACCAAGAUUACUGAGAUAUGGAAAAACUGGGGCCAGAACACUCAGCUCGCCCUGCGCUUCUGCGGCCGCUGGGACGAGGACUGGAGCUGGCCUGGUGGCCACCAGCCGCGAGAUGGCGACAACGUCACGAUAGAGAGCGGCCGGACCCUGCUGCUGGGCACAGCCACGGCCGCGCUCCACCUGCUGCACCUCCGAGGUGGAAAACUCUUGUUCACUGGUCCAGGACCUGUAGAACUCCAUGCUCAUUACAUUCUGAUAUCUGCUGGAGGAGAGCUGCAGGUGGGAUCCCCUGAAGCCCCUUUCAGUCACAGAGCACACAUCUAUCUCUAUGGAAGCCUCCAUUCUCCACCGUUGGUUCCCUAUGGGGUCAAGUUCCUAGCAGUGAGGAAUGGAACUCUUUCCAUGCAUGGCUGGAUGCCCAAAGUGGCUUUCACACACUUGAAGUCAUCAGCUCACGCUAGCGACACAAGAUUACUGCUGCAGGAACCUGUUGACUGGCAACCCGGGGAUGAAAUCCUGGUGGGAAGAACAGGCCUGGGAGAGGCACAGCAGCAAGAGGAAAUGACUGCCAUUGAGUCUGUGAACAACACAGAGCUGUACCUUCGAUCACCACUCAGGUACACCCACAGUGUUGAAGAGGGAUGGGUGAACGGCCAAAGACUGCCACUGAGUGCUGUGGUGGCACUGAUCAGCAGAAGGGUUGUUGUUCAAGGCAAUGUCACAAUGGAGAGGCUGGCACACCUCAGACAAUGUGCAAGAGCAGAGGCUACACGAGGUGUCCCCAGGUGUCUGUACAUGCGAAGCGAGCAGCAGCUGGGCCUGCGGGACCUGGGGGCCAUCGUGGUGGUGGAGGCCUUCCAGGGAGAGGGGAGCUGGCUCCGGGUGGAAGGGGUCCAGUUCCGCCACAUGGGCCAGGCCUUCCAGCAGCAGCGCAGUGCCCUGACUGUGGCUGGUGACGCACGGAUGGCAGACUCUUACAUCCGUGGCUGCUCAGUUCUGGACUCCUUUGGCCGAGGACUUCGUCUGACUGGGAUCUCAAACCUUACUGUGGACAGCAAUGUUUUCUAUAACAUUUCAGGCCAUGGGCUUCUACUGGGAGAAGGACUGGAAGAGGGGAUCAGAGUCACUAACAAUAUACUGCUUGGCCUUUCUGGAACAGAGGGUUUGUCUAACAUUGAGACACUGUCACCAUCAGGGAUAUACAUCAGAGCUCCUGCCAACUACCUCCAGGGUAACAGAGUCUGUGCUGCUGGCUAUGGCUACUUCUUUCAUCUCUCCCCUGAAGGACCAUCCCAAAUGCCUCUCAUGGCCUUCAGUGAGAACAUAGCUCAUUCUUGCACAAGGUAUGGGUUGCUGGUAUACCCAGAAUAUUUGCCAAACAGACCUGUGCAGUUCAACAACUUCACAGCUUGGAGCAGCCAAGGUGGAGCACAGAUUUUCAGAAGCAGCCAGAUUGGACUUCAACAUUUCUGCAUUUAUGCUUGUGAAAGCUUUGGCAUUGACAUCACUGAAAGCCUUGGGAACUGUUCUGUGUCUAAUAGCAUUUUAAUUGGCCAUGUUGGGCAAAAGGGCAGGACCUGUAUGUCAUCAGGCCUAAAAACGCCCAGAAGGUAUCAGCUACUCAUCUCCAACACAGCUUUCAGGAACUUUGAUGGGAACACUUGCACAGCAAUCAGGACUUGCUCUGGCUGCCACCAAGGGCAGGGUGGGUUUACAGUGAGAGCUGAACGUUUGACCUUCAUCAACUCACCUAUGCAAGUGUCCUUCCCCUUCCCUCACUCUGCCAUCCUGGAGGACCUCGAUGGCUCUGUGACAGGGCAGAAGGGAAGUCGCCUCCUCGCUUCGGCAGAUACGCUUCCAGCAUGGUGCACAGCCAGUGCCAACCUCAGCCAAGCCUCUGCUGGCAGUGUUUGUGGCAGGGACUCUGUUUUCCACCGUCUGUCUCUUCAUUUAAAAAAGGCUCCAAGCAUUGCCUAUAAUUUAACUGUGACUGACAGCAGGAAUAAAACAACCACAGUCAAUUAUGUAUCUGAUACUUUAUCAGACCUCCACGGCUGGAUGGUUCUCCUCUUGGAUAAAGAGACCUACACUUUGACGUUUGACAACCCUUUGGUCAACAAGCAGCUCCAGUAUUCAGUGACAUUUAGCAACUUCAGAACUGGGAAUUACUUGCUGUUGGAACACAAGGAUCUUCCUGAGCAUCCUGAGGUUGUGGUGUCCUGUGGAGCAAGGACUGGACUGCCCCUCCAAUCGCUGCCUUCAUAUGGACAUCAUAGGAGCUGUGACUGGUAUCUUGACAGCAGACUGAGGAAGCUCACAUAUUUGGUCACAGGAGCUGAUUUAAUUCAGGUCACACUGAGAGAGAAGGAAAGAGUGAUUCUACCUACCUCAGUUCCUUCUGAUGAUGUCUUGAAAUGGUCACACCCAGAGACAUGGAGUGACGUGGAGACAGGCUGGGGUGGAUCCAAUGGCAGCAUUCCAGGCCCUGGAGAAGAUGUCAUAAUCUUACCUAACAGGACCAUCCUGGUGGAUAUGGCUCUGCCCCCCCUGAGAGGUCUUUAUAUCCUGGGGAGUCUGGAGUUCCCCAGCAACUCCAGCAAUGUCCUGAGUGCAGCCUGUAUUGCCGUGCUGGGGGGCAUGCUGAAAGUGGGUUCUUCUCAACAUCCCCUGGAAAGAGACUUAAAGUUGCUGAUCCUUCUUCGGGCAUCCGAGGGCAUUUCCUGUGAUCGCCUGGAGGCAGUCAGUGUCCACCCAGGCAGUGUUGGUGUGUAUGGGCAGGUGCAAAUUUACGGUGCUUAUCCUAAGGCAUCUUGGACACAUCUGGGCACUAAUGCUGAUCCUGGCAAUGAAAGGAUUCUUGUGGAGGAUGAAGUAGAUUGGAAUCAUGGGGGAGAUAUUGUGAUCAGCUCUUCCUCCUAUGAAGCCCACCAAGCUGAGGUGGUUACACUGAAGGAAGUCAAUGGUCGGAGCAUAAGAAUUCAUCAACGCCUCAUGCACAGGCAUAUUGGGCACUCCCAUGACACAGAAGAUGGCAAGCACAUCCCUUUGGCUGCAGAAGUUGGACUCCUUACGAGGAACAUACAGAUCAAGUCUGAUGUGGCUUGUGCUGGGAGAAUGCUGGUGGGACGUUUCACAGACUUCAGUGGGACAGAGUUUGAAGGUGUCCUUCAACUCUCCAACAUUGAAUUUUUAAACUUUGGGCCUCCUCAGCUCUCUGCCAUUGAGUUCAGAAAUGUAUCCCAAGGGUCCUCAGUGGUGUCAUCCAGCAUUGCUGGUAGCUGUGGAGCUGGCAUUAAAGCACUCAUGAGCAAUGGGAUCGUGUUGCACAACAACGUGGUGUUCAACACGCUUGGACCUGGCAUCAGUUUGGAAGGGCAAAGCCAUUCUCUCAUCAGGAACCUCGUUGUGCUGAGCAGGCAGCCAGAAGGCUUAGUAAAUUGGGCUGCUGGCAUCGAAGUCAACCAUGUCACUGGUGUCUGCCUCCAUGGCAAUGCUGUGGCAGGAUCGGAGAGGAUUGGCUUCCAUAUCAGGGGCCAAGAGUGUUUGCUAGAGGGAGAGCACUGCAGUGAAAAUGUGGCCCACUCAAGCCUCCAUGGCAUUCACUUGUACCAGGGGGAUGGAUUUCAGACGUGCACUAGGAUCACAGGGUUCCUAUCCUAUAAGAAUUACGACUAUGGUGUCAUGUUCCACCUCGGAAGCAGUGUCAUCAUGGACAACAUAGUGCUGGUGGACAACACUGUGGGUCUCAUGCCAGUAGUGUACUGUCAGUAUGCCCAGCAGUGCCACACAGGGAAAAGACUCAUAGAGUUUAGAAACUCCACCAUCGUUGCAAUGAGCUCAACAUUUGACUGCAUCAGAGACAGGAUUAAGCCACGGGCAGCUGAUCUGACAGCUGAGGAUCGACCUCCACACUACCCUCUAAGAGGCCACAUUGGGAUUCUAUGGCCUGUAUUUGCCACUGUUCCUGCUCAAAGGCCAGGUGACCCAUGGCACAAAACUGGAUGCUGUCCAAAUGUCCUGGGACUCAUGAAGCUGAAAGGAGUCACCUUUACUGGAUUUACAAGGAGCUGCUACACUGAAGACAGGGAUGUCUGCAUCAUGGCCAGUGCUGACCAUUUAGGCAUCAUGCCUCUUAUCACAGUGGAGACAUCAAGGAUGUUACAUGUCAGUGAGAACGACAAGGUCUACUUUCAGCCAGCAAGUGAACAGACCUCUGAGGACACCGUGUUCCCUGAAAAGAGAUGCAAAGGCUCAAGGAAGGCCCUUCUCAAGGAUUUGGAUGGAAGUGUCCUGGACCUUGAACCACCUGUGUCUGUUUUUCCAAAGUCAGAAUUUGAAUGGACAGAGUUCUACUUGCGAGCUGGAAUUUACAGAGAAGACAGCAAGUGCAUCUUCAAGCCCCUAGUACAAGGCUAUUUCUGCAAGCAGACAGAUCAUGCCCUUGUUGUCCUGGAAAACUUGGACCCCGGGAUGGUCAAGCAGAGACUACUUCCAGUAGUAGCUGUGACUAACAGCUUUAUGGAUACCUUCAGCGAUGUAAUUGCACACACAUUUUGCUAUCCUGCAGAGCAUGGCUCUAUUUUCUUUUCUGUAUUGCCAUCCACCAAACUUACUACAGUUUGCUUCCCAGACCUAGCACCUCUGACUUUCAGGCUUUACCUCCUCAGUGGUCAAAACACAAGCAGGCUGCCCCUAGCUGUAUUCUACCACGAACCGUUCAGUCUUCGUGUCUCCACUCAAGGGAAGUACAUCUCUCCAACACCAUCUUCUUUUUCACUGGAUGGAAGGGCAGGAGCCAACUACUUCAGCUUUAAGGACAAUCUUCUCUAUGUUCUCCUCCACGAGAAGGAGCCUGUAGAAAUAGCUGCCAGUCCCUCGCUCCUUGUGGCGUUCAGCAUAGCGGAGGCUGUUGGGGAAGAGGAGGAGGCAACCAUACCGCAUCGGUUAGCUGAGUUCUUGAAGGUCUCUCCUGGCCAAGUCAGACUGGUCCAAAAUAUUCCAGGAGAUGAAAGCACUUUGAAGAUAAUCUCAGCCAAUGCUGGCAAAAAGCAGUACCAGUGCCCUGACAUGGCAUUUUGCACAGCCUUCCGCAGCAGGCAGGGCUCAGAAGCAGGGGAGAGAGGACCGGGGCGUACCCAGGCUCUGCAGCCACCGCAGCCAGCUGGCCCAGCAAGAGUGCUCAUCCUGGAGCUCAGUGAUCCACCAGGCCACCCAGGAAAAGAGCUGACAAGUGACACUUUGAAGAGCUUGGCCACAACAGUCAUCAAUGCUCAUCAGCUUGGAGACCUUCAGAGAGGCCUUGGCUUGCCUGUUGAUACCUUAGUGGUGACCCAGUCUGCCUUACUGCUCCCAGCAGAAGCUAACAGCAGAAAUGGAAGCAGACAGCAGCCAGGGACGAGCUUGUAUGUGAGGCCCUAUCACAUCGCUCUUCAGGUGCAGCCUUCAGAUGGAGAAACUGAGAAGCAGCUUCCCAUGCAGCCAAAAAUCAUUUUCUUGGAUAGGAAGGGUCAAAGAGUUGACCAGUUGGGGCCUCCUUCAGAACCCUGGGUUGUUUCAGCUCACCUCAAAGGCUCCUCUGAUGCUGUUUUAACAGGGCUCACUGAAGUCCAGGUUGUAGGUGGAUGUGCAAGCUUUUCCAACCUGGCCAUCUCCAGUUCAGGCACAAACUGGGAGCUUGUCUUCACUGUUACAUCACCUCCAGGGGCUAAUUUUACUGUGCAGUCUCGACCAUUCACCAUCUCCCCUGGCCCCGUGGGAGCAAAGGCCAGCAUGAUACUUGUCAUCAUCCUGAGUUCUGCAGCAGCUGCUUUCAUCCUCUCUCUUUCAGUCUGCUGGUUCAAGAAGAGCAAAAGCAACAAAGUGAGGAGCCAACGAGCUGAUGCACCACAGGCCAGUGCCAAGGCACCCCAUGAGCAAGCACAGCCUCAUGCAGCUCACAUCCAACCUUGCCACAGUCAAGGAGCAAAUAGAAGUAGCUUGCCUGUAGCAGGUGAUAUGGAAGAAAGAGGAAGAGUGGCACAUGCUGCAGAGCAGCUGGGGAAGGUGAAUCUGCAGCCUUGUGAAGCCAAGUCAGGGAGGAAGAUGAGGACUACCCAACGUGAGAUGGGUAACAGAGACACCUUUCCUCCAUCUGGGAACAGCAACAGUCACCAAGAGUUACAUGAAGCACUAUCUCCUGCUGACUCGCUGCAGCUUGAGCAGCCAACUGCUCUGGGAUGCUCCAGUCAGAAGGAUGUCCCCCAGCCCUCAGCUGAUUACAAGAAGGAAAGAGAGAAGCCUGAAAUGGUGCUCAAACCUCAGAGUGACAGCAAAGAACAUAUUGGUGUGGUAGCAGCAGAGGUAUGAGAGAAGUGAUGCAAGGUGGAGGACCACUGACAGGGUGAGCUUUGCCUGGCUUGCAGCCAGCAUGGAACUGAGUCCUUUGUCUCUGGACAAAGAAAAAGUCAGAAGAUUAACAUGAGGAGCCAGAUUGCCACACUGCAGAUGUACAAACCAACCUGUCACCUGCAGACAGCUUGGAGACUCUGGUCCUGAACUUUCUUAGCUUCCAAAAGAGAGCAGGUUGUGUUCAAACUGCCUCUUGAGGAGAGUUCCUCUGACCCCUCUAAAAGUCUCUGCAGGAACUGCUGGGGGUAGUGCUGGCUGAGUAGAGAUGUUCCAAAGCUUUCAGCCUGACAAUUCAGCUGUGCAGGUGACUGCAUUUCCAUGGCUUUAAAGUUCUGGCACUGGGCAGAAUCUCCAUGGCCAGAGCAAUGCUGACUGACAUGCAUGCAGACAUGCACAGGAGAACUCCCACUUCCUCCAUUCAAAGACCCUCAGU